AUGGCUGGCGAGCAGAAGUCGAAAUACGUGAUACCCCGUCCACGCAACCUUUACAAUUUCGGCGUGGCGCUUUUCGUGGCGGUGGGGAGUUUGUGUUAUGGCUACGCCUCAUCCAUCUCCGCCGCCCUCAUCGGCCAACCGUCCUGGUACGCCUACAUGAACCUCGUCCCCGGCACUCCCCACACCAACGCCAUUCUCGGCGCAAUCAAUGGCGUCUAUGCUGCUGGAGGAGCCUUUGGAUGUGUCUUUAACAUGUGGUCUUCGGAGAAGUUGGGGCGGAAGAGGAGUAUUCAGGUGGGGUGCUGUAUUUCGAUCGUCGGGGCGGCGGUUAUGACGGGGAGUGUUGAUGUUCCCAUGUUUAUUGUUUCGAGGUUUAUUAUGGGGUUUGGGAUUGGUGUGUUGGUCACUUUGGUCCCGCUGUAUCAAAGUGAAGUCAGUCCUGCUGAGAGUCGUGGACUUAUGGUCGGACUGCAUGGAGUCUUGAUUGGCUUCUCGUACUCGUUGACGGGUUUCAUUACGUAUGGGUGCUAUUUCGCGCCGUAUGGCCAAUUUCAAUGGCGCUUCCCGCUAGCAGUCCAGCUCAUACCAACCAGCAUACUCCUGGCAGGCUCGUUUUGGCUGCCAUACUCUCCCCGGUGGCUACUUAGCCAAGGCCGUGCUGAGGAGGCCUGGAUUGUCACCCGGAAGCUCCAUGCGUCGAAGAGUGAUCCCGAGGAUAGCUAUGCUCAUGCUGAAUAUCGCCAGAUGCAGGCGCAAAUCGAGUUCGAAAGGGACCAUAAUGCUGUUGGCACGCUCGCACAAGCACGACUAGCAUUCCGGCAGAAGAGCUUUCUCAAGCGUCUUGGGCUUGGCUUUCUUGUGCAGUUCGGCAAUCAGUGUACUGGUGCUUUGGUCAUCAACAAUUACAACGCCCAGCUCUUCACUGGCCUCGGUAUCAAAGGAGGAACACCACUUCUACUUCUCGGCAUCUUCAACCUACUGACAGUGCCUGGCAAUCUGUUCAAUGGCCUGUUCAUCGAUCGCUUUGGUCGUCGACGCUUUGUGCUCACGGGUUGCAUUGGCAUUAUAGUGUGCUUGUCUGGCGAAGCGGCAAUGACCGCUCAAUUCGUGGAAACAGGCUCAACCAACAGAAUCGGUCUUGGCUUUGGCGUCUUCUUCAUCUUUGCAUAUGUCUGCUUCUAUAGUAGUUGUUUGGAUGCGACGAUGUAUCUCGUGCCAUCUGAGAUCUUCCCGAUGGUGAUCCGCAGCUUCGGCAUGAGCUGGUCGAUCAUGGGACAGUUCAUUGCAACCGUGAUCUUGCUUGAGGCCGCGCCAACAGCUUUUCAGAACAUCGGCUACGGGUUCUGGAUUCUGUUGAUAUGUCUGACGGCCAUAUACGGCGUGCUGGUAUAUUACUUCCUGCCUGAGACUAAGGGCAUGACUCUUGAAGACAUCAGUGUGCUAUUCGGAGAUCCCGUCGAAAUUAGCUUUGAGCAGGCGCUCAGUAAACAGCAUGAUCGAGAUGAGGGAGCGGAGAAGGGAGUCGAAGGUCGGCAUAUCGAGACGUUACCGGAUGAUACGGAAGUGGUGUAG